CAAUGGCGUGGCGCCCAGAAUGUGACGUCAUUAUUCGUCGACACGGAUGGCGCGCGCUUCGAAAGCUGAAGAGUUGGCACAAAAUGUUUACUUCGCUCUGCAGGCUGCCUUGUGUCCACUGGUGGAAGGGCUGCACCUGCACGAGGCAGACAGUAUGCUGCAGUUGCUUUGUGCUCCCUCUCAGCACCGCACUGACAUAUUGGAAUGGAUCUGCAGGAGUAUCAACCCAAACUUUGCUACUUCAAAUAAAGUGCUGAGAGCCAAAGAUCCUGACAUUUUGACUAAAGAGAUGGCUAUGCUUGGGCAGGAUCUGAUGCUUUGCAAAGUGGAUGACUUGGACCUGAUCAGGGGUAAUGUGAGCCCUCUUCGGCAGCUCCGGUUCCUGGAGCAGCUUUUAACUCUCGUCCCAGGCAGCGUGAAGUCACCUGAAAGCAGAAUGGAUGAAGAGAUGCUACUGAAUGUACUUUGUGCCACUGAGACUCUGCCCCACCUCACUCAAAUGCUGAAACCCACGUUUGAUCCCUGGCCUGCAAACAUCAAUGAUUUACACAAGAUGACCAAGUCAGCGUGUCAUGAUGGGAGCAGGGAGGAGGCUGCAGAUGUUGCCACUCUCCUCCAGUUGACUCAGGUGGCUUUGGAGCAGCUGCAGUCAGAGUGUGAAUUCCUGCAUAGUGACACACAGCAUUCUGCCGCCUUCUCUCCGAGCGCUUUACGUGUGGCUGCGUGUGACCUCCAGCAGUCCAUGAUUACUUUCAACCAUGUCUACGAAACAGAUUUUAAAGCAUACUGCCGUAGAGAUCCACCCAGCUUCAGCACAGAUGCUGAUGUCUUUCGGAGAGUGCACCAGCUGCUGCUGGCCUGCAACACGGAGCUGGAACUUCUCCAUGAGGUAUCUGAAUCAUCUGUUUCUAUGAGUGAGGAGAUGAAUCGGAUAAAAACACGACCUCGCUACUGGAGUCAUGGAAAGAAGCGUACAUUACCGGAUCAGUUGGAGGAGCUUAACAGACGUUACAGAGACUUCCUGUCGCUGCUUCCUUCCUAACAAAGCCUGACGGUAACCCUAAGAUUAACAGCUGACUGCCACCACUGUGUUAUGUUUGUGUAUGUGGAUUCAUAUUCAUGUUUAUUUAAAUUUUUGUCCACCUGGGGAGUUUGGCGGGUUUCAAGAUGGUCAUGGAUGCUACA